UACACAAUGAAACUUAUGUUUGUUAUUUUUCUUUUCUACAGGAUUAUAUAAGAAGUCUGGAAAAUUAGUUUUCUUGGGUUUGGAUAAUGCAGGGAAAACCACUCUUCUGCAUAUGCUUAAGGAUGACCGACUAGGUCAACAUGUUCCUACGCUGCAUGCCACAUCAGAAGAGUUGAUGAUUGCAGGAAUGACUUCCACCACUUUCGAUCUUGGUGGUCAUGAACAAGCCUCCAUGUAGGAUGCAGAGACGAGGGAAAGGGCUACCUGCCUGGGAGUUGCGCCGAAUUGUUCCGGAUUCUGAAGAGCGUUGGCUCUGUGGCAAGGAGGGAGGGCAUCUGGAAUAGUUCCCAUGAGCUGAGCUGGCGAUUCUGGAACUUUCUUCAUAGACCCCCCCCAAAAAAACCUUUUCUGCAAACCUUUGCUGAUCUCCAGGAGUUCUCUUUCCUGUGUGCAAGAGAGAUUUCCCUCCUCGUGCCACCUAUCCCCGUUUUGCAUGCUGGACAGGAUUCUUUUCCUCCCAGGGUUGCUCAGGCAAAUUGAACCUCAUGGCUGAGACUCUGCCCUUGACUGCCAUGAGAGUUGGCUGUGUGGUGACUGUAUCUCGCUCCCCGUCUAGCAGCCAGACCCCCAGACCUUUGCCCAAAGGACCCUGGAGUGGCAGUGGUGUGCUCUUGACCCUUGACCCAGGCAUCAUCCUCUGCCAUGGGAUCAUCUUCUCCCCUUUCAUUCUGGACUCGGAGUACCCCGAUGGCUCCCAACAGAAAGUGCUGCUGGCUGAGAGCUUCUCCUCAGACAUCCGAAUCCAGGUGCUUGCACCAAGUCAAGGCAAGAAUCAAACUCCUAGUAGGACCUGGCUUAGUGGAGACCAAGGGGACAGCUUUCCAGUUUUAAGGUUCAAUCCACUGUCCAAUCAUCAACAAGAGGUACCUAGCGGCACAAAACAGUGGGAGGCGGAGCUUGUUCUGAUGGCUCCUUGCCUGCCCUUCCAGGAGGCUUUCUCUAAAGUCUUCACUGCUUCUGAUCAAUGGUAUUUUGGGGACAGUGAGGUUGGACAAGAACCCAGCUCUUUUGCAGAGGAUUUGCGUUUCCUUCAUUGGUUUGCUCUGCUGAGACUCGUGGAUUGUGAUUUCCAUGGCGCAGAUAGUUGGGUGAGAUGUGUGCCAGCCAAGUGGCUGAAAAAGGGGGACCCAGUCUUUGCCUGUGGCUCGCCUUUUGGAUCCUUCUGCCCAGACAUUUUCAUGAAUACUCUUAGCAAAGGGAUAGUGAGCAACAUGGCUGGAGAAGGCAAUGCCCUUAUCCUGACAGACGCUCGCUGCUUGCCUGGUACUGAAGGUGGAGGUGUCUUUGCAACCCUGGGAGCUGAUCUCCAUCUGAUUGGCAUCAUAGUUGCUCCGCUUUGCUGGAAAUCCAAUGAGUGGGUUGGUCUGACUCUGGUUUGUGCCAUCAAUCACAUUCUGGCAGGUAUUGGAAGUAUCCUUUCUGAGUCUCCCUGCCUUCUCAAGACUGGGCUGCACUCCAUGGAACUUGUGAUGGAGCCUCGUGGUGCACUGGUGGGCCGAGAUGGGAUGACUCAGCAGAUGCUGGCAGCUGUGGUUCUGGUGGAAUGUGGGCCAACCUGGGGAUCUGGUGUGAUGGUGAACUCGAGACUUGUGUUGACCUGUCGGCAUGUGGUCAAUGGCGCAUCCAGUGUCUGUGUAAGGUUUCAGCCCAGCCCUGAUAAGAUGUCUGUAGCUAAAGGAAAUGUGAUCUUUGCCACUAAAGACUCUUCUCCCUUUGACAUAGCUCUCGUGGAGCUAGAGGAAAGUUUAUCAGCUUUUCAGGAGCCUGUACUUGCAUCACAGUUUAACACAGGAGAAGAUGUGAGUAUCGUUGGCUUCGGGGUCUUUGGCCAGGCCUGUGGUCCAUCAGUAACCUCAGGAAUCUUGUCAGCAGUGAUCACUGUGGAAGACAAGCCUGUGAUGCUUCAGGCCACCUGUGCAGUCCACGGUGGUUCAAGUGGGGGAGCUCUCUUUGCCACCCAGAGUGGGAAACUCCUAGGUAUUGUGGCCAGCAACACCAGGGAUAACAGCCUUGGAGUGACUUACCCCCACCUGAACUUCAGCAUUCCUGUUACAGUCCUGCAACCAGCCAUCUUGGAAUACAUCCAACACAGAAGCCUGUCUGGCUUCCAGGCCCUCAACUGGGUGGGUGACAAGAUCCAGGUGGUCUGGAGACUCCAGAGAGAACCGGAGGAGAUCCCGCGCAGCAAGCUUUGAGGGUCUUCGGAGAGAGAAAAAAAGUCUUGCUUCUAGAGCAGGAGGAACUCUAUGGAUUCUGUAGCCAGUAUGCCUGUGGCCAUGCUGGUUGGGGGAUUCUGGAAGUGGUAGUCCAGAACAAAAUUCCUAGAUUCUGUUCUAGAUUCACAUAAGUUGCAUCAUCGGGGGCAAGAUCAGAAGCUACUGUUGCUGGACAACCCAAUUGUCAAUGAAAUCUUUGAAUUACUUGUUCGGAGCGCCAUGGGACUUUAUUUCAGGGGGAUUUGCCCUAUUUGGACUCUUGACCCUUCCCCCCCCCCCCAUUUUUACUUCUAUCUGGAUCCUUCAUGUCUCCAUUUCCAUGCAGAUAUCAAAGUCUGUUCAUAAAACAGAUACGGGAAAUCUUUGGUGCUCCAGGGAUUUUGAACUAUAAUUCAUGUAACUCAUGAUCCCUUACCAUUGACCUUGUUUGCUAGGAGUUUGGUAAAUUGUAAUCCAAAACCUUUGGCAGGUCCAACAUUCCCCACCAGUGCCUUAAACAACCUCAUCCAUUCCCCAUUCCUUUAGUGUUUACCCCAUUAUAUUUUGCUUCCCCCAGAUGAUUUCUUGAGCCAGUCAAAACCUGUGAAAUGGCAUUUGCUGAUUCCAGGCCUGGGUAGCCUUUCCUCUUCCUUUCCCUCCACUUUUGCUUUCAUGCACAGUGGAAAUAUAGAUGGUUAAUUCUCUUUAUUUUGUUUAUGGUGCUACAUUAAUGAGUAAUAAGGUUGUAGAGAGGGACAUAAUUUUAUUAAAGUUUAAUUUGUGCACAUUCUCUCUUAUAGCCACCAUUUGGGACCACUAUGCCAAACCAAUGCAAUAUUCAAGUCAUGGGAAGAUUUCCUCCUAUUUCAAUUUCUUAUCAUUAACGUUUAAAAAAUCAAAUACAAUUUGUAUGCAGAACUUUUUUCUUUGGCUACCAAAUUGAUCCGUUGUCUGCAAAAUGAAAAUACAGUCAGUUUCAGUCA